AUGUGUAUAACAACGUAUCGCAAAAAAUUGAUUCAGGCACUUACGAAGAAGGACGAACAAAUCGACAUACGUUCAAACCCGCGGCAUCACUUGGAAAAAAAGGAUGGCAAGGCGCACAAAGUUAGGAGAUACUGUACUGAAUGUUACAAAACAAAUUCACAAAUGUUAGGCUCGAAGAUGGCGAAAAAUUUAUCGAAAAAAGUUACAACGUUCUGCAGUCAAUGUUUAUCUUGUUUUAAUAAAUUACAUUAAUGUUUUUAAGUAUUUUAUUCUUUUUCUUAAAGCAUUGACCAAAUAA